AUGCAUUCAGAAUCAACGUGGAAAAUUGCAUCAGACGGUGAACUUCUCCAAGCUACUGAGGUGGUGAGGCGCGGCUGGUUUUUUAUCCAUCAACUCUUCGUUAGAAUGAUUUCGGGAUUCGAGCCUGUGGGACACGAUAUCACUGUGUGCGUCAUCGUAUGCCUGCAUGUCUGCUCGCCUGGAUUGGGAGGUGCGGCCGUACAACUCUGUGUGCAGCGACCGUACAAACAGUGA